GCUUCCACGGCCACUUGAAAUUUGUGUUCACUCGCCAACGAUAUUAUUACUAUUAUGGCGAGUCGUAUAAUUGCCUGCGCGACUACGUCGAUCCCUUAAUGAAAUUCGAUGAUUAGAGCCAUUACUGUGUACUCUGUUUUUUAAUAUUCUAUGGCAGUAACCCGUUUACUGUUUACAACAAAAGCCAGCAUAGUUCAGUUCACUCAGUAUCGCAGUCAUGUGCUGUUUGCUCGAGCACAUUUUCAAAAUUCUGGUUUUUAUCUGUGCCAUUUUUAUAAACUUUCUUGUGGCCGCUAAUUUAGCAUUACAUUUCAUCUAUAUCAGGUUUUAUGGUCUGCAAGUUUCGACUUCGGGAGUAGAAAACUACUACUUAUUGUGGACAAUGCAUAGCUGGUGCGGAACCCUAAUGGUCGUAAUCAAGUUUAAGGAUCUGUGUUAUCUGCAUUGGUGGCUUCUGAUGACUUCGACCUUUAUUUUAGCUGGCUUUGUUCUACACUUGAUCCUGUUCGACUUCCAAGGAGAACACUUGGGUACCAAUGAAAAAGUUCACAACUACUUUGGUCUCGGGCUUAUGUUGGUCUCCCUUCUAACAGUCGCAAGCUAUUCCCGAACCCUAAGGCCACCCGAAGAAUCAGACCUUUUAUUUAAGGCGACCACUAAUUAAGCGUUUUUCAACGAAACUUAUCAUAUUUUUUAAAAUGUUUACUUUUACUUCUUAUGUCCUCCUGAAACAUAUCAUUUCUAUGAUAGUUAGAAAAAACUUUGAUUUGAAGUUUG